UAUUCUACAAUCGAUUCGUUCUCCUCUUGUGUCCUUGUAAUGAAUUUGUGUUGAGUUGCCCACAUGCUUGGUUUUACGUCCAAGUAAUCAUCCAAAAUUUUAAUAAGUUCGGCGUAACCGACAUCAGAAGGUUCUUUUGGUGCACAUAGAUCGUAUGCUCUUUGAUGUAAUUCUGGAGGAAUAGAACUUAAAAGCAUGUACAUUUUGGUUUCGUUGUCAUGGCAAUUAUUUAAAAGCAGAAACAUUUCUAAUCUUUUUGUAAAAUUUAUAAAACUUUAUUUUUCUUGUAAUGGUAGAAACAUUAUCUUCGGUACUAUCGUUUCACUGCUUCGAGCGUAUGUAGAUGUAGGUGUUGCGUAGUAUGGUGUAGAAAUAGAUGUUGUAGGGUUAAAUCCUGUAACUUUACUUGUAGCUGUACUAUUAAUUCUUCAGUUAUAUAUAUCUUUCUUCUAUUUUUACCUCCACCUGAUCAUCACAUUCUAUUAUCGAUUCAAUUUCUGUUUGAAUUUGGUCGAACUUCUUUUGAUAAAUUGUCAAAUGUUCUAGUCUUGCUUUUAAUUCUAAGUCUGGAAUUUCUUGUUCAUUUUGUAGUAAAUAGUUUUGUAACGUUUUAAGCUGCCCCCUUAUGGAGGCUCGCGUUCUUCGAAGUUUUUGUAGUUCCAUAUCCUCGUCGCCAAUAUUAUGUAUUAAUUGUAUAUAAAAUUAAAAUAUGUACAUUUUCAUAUAUUCUUUUAUUACAAUGACAAACGUCAAUCACACAUCUAUUUACUUUUUAGUGACCAUACAGUGGCCACGAACACAACAUUAACAAUUUGAAUGCACAUUAGUAUGGACAAAUAUGGACAAAUGGUUUACGGUGAAGAUAGAGGCAAUGCGCGAGUAGCUUUUCGACUUUACGUAGAAAAGUGACCCAGUGCUCGGCACCAACAGAUAGCCGUGUGAUAAUUCGGGCGUAUCAACGUAUUUUGGAUAACCAGCCUGUUGUACCCAGACAAGAAAGGUCUAGAAGACCCACAAGAAGGCGUAUGGAAAACUUUCAAUUUUAAUAACCACGCAAUGGAUCGCAUUAAUUGCUGUCUCAAGUAUUACGAAAUUGUUAUGCACACAUAUCCGAUACACACGGAUAUAGGCAUAAAAUACUACUUUACUUUAAAUAUUUCGGUAGACCGUUUUUACACGUCGGGCAUGAUUUGGAGAGUGUUCAACGAUAAACUAAUCUUAAUAUUAUAAUUAUGUGCCUUAAUAACACGUAAGUAUGACAACGCUAAAAAAAUCAAAAUCAUCAUGUAUUGUCGAUAACCGCGACAUUACUACAUCUACAAUAAAUAUAUAAGUGUGACAUCGGUAUGCUCAAGUGACAUUAUAGUUAGGGUACUACGUUAACAUGGGACUGCAAUUCGAAGGUGCAACUGAUAAUAUAAGUGAACCUCAGUUGGCUUAUAUACGUGGUGUCUUAGAGAAAAGAGGAUAUAAAGACACCAAAGUAACUAUUCAAGCGGUUGGUAAAGAUGGUGAUAACUUCGUCGCUAGUGUUAAAAGAAUUGUGGUUCGAAACGAAAAUGGGGAAUUCCGAAUGAUAGCGAAGAUUGCGACGCAACAUGAAUUAUUAAGAGCUAACAUGGCAUUAGAAAAUAUAUUUAGAAAUGAACAUAUUAUGUAUACUUCGGUUCUACCUAAAUUUCACGAACUGGAAGAACAAGCUGACUUACCUAAAAAAGACAGGCUGAGGUUUCCAGAGUGCUAUGGAUCUUUAACGGCAGCACCACACGAAGUGAUCCUUCUGGAAGAUUUGCAAGUACCCGGUUUUAUCAUGAUGGACAGAUUCAAGACAUUAUCCGAUGAAUGCAUCAGAUCCGUGCUAAGGAACUUUGCCCUCCUGCACUCCCUUUCCUACGCUCUGAAAAAUAAGGAACUGGACGUUUUCAACGAAUACAAAAGUGCCUUAUUUGAUGUAUGGGCAAAUGCGGCGAAUAAAGUAGAAACAACAUUCUUAAAGCCUAUCGAAAAUAUAUUAUUAACGCUGGUAGGCGGAGACCAAAGGAAAAAGCUUAUAAAAGAUAGUAUUGACCACGGGCUCAAGCUGGGCUUAAAAUUGAAGAAACAUGACGAAGACUCGAAACGUUCUGUCAUUCAGCACGGCGACUCAUGGACAAACAACAUAUUGUUUAGAUUUGAUGGUGGUAUACUGCAAGAAUCCAUAUUGAUAGACUACCAGAUAUCAAGAGUAUCUGUACCAACAUUUGAUGUAAUGUACACGAUUUUCAACUGCACCGACCAUAAAACUCGAUUGGAACAUUUCUACGAUUGGAUUGAUUAUUAUCACUCAGAAUUAGAGAAGGCCCUUGGUAAUUAUGGAAUUAAAGCAAACUACAUCUAUUCCAGAGACCAACUAUAUGCCGACUUGAAGAGAUAUGCUAAAGUCUUAUUUGCUGUAUCAUUAAUAGUAGCAAACAAUCUGGUAUUGAAUCCUGAAGAAGCAGCCAAGUUCAAGGAAUCAAUAAAGAAAUCAAUGGAGGAUAGUGAAUAUUCAGAUUUCUCACCAAACGAAGAGGAGACCAAUCUGCUAAAAAAGCGUAAAGUGGAGGAGCUUGUAGACAGUUUUGUGAAGUUUGGGUUAUUGUAAAGUGAAUAGAGAGUUGAGAAGGAGAGAGCCGUU